UUUACCCCCCCCGUCUCCUCCUCAGCGCCUACUCGUUCCACGUCAGCGCAGACGGGCAGAUGCAGCCGGUGCCGUUCCCCCCCGACGCCCUGCUGGGGCCGGGCAUCCCGCGCCACGCCCGUCAGAUCCACACGCUGAACCACGGCGAGGUGGUGUGCGCCGUCACCAUCAGCACCUCCACCCGCCACGUCUACACUGGAGGCAAGGGCUGCGUCAAAGUGUGGGACAUCAGCCAGCCGGGGAGCAAGAGCCCCAUGGCCCAGCUGGACUGCCUGAACAGAGAUAACUACAUCCGCUCCUGUAAAAUCCUUCCGGACGGGCGGACCCUGAUCGUGGGCGGGGAGGCCAGCACUCUAGUUUUAUCAGAGCCUGUUUGGAUGAAAACAGCUGAUAUCCUGAACAUCUCUCAGGUUAAAAGCCUGGACUAGAGGAUGUACAGAAGCAGACUCUUGAACCUGCAGGUUUCCCGCUCUCAGAUCUCCCUGUUGUCCUCCUGCAGGCAGUUCCAGGGCCACACCGACGGGGCGAGCUGCAUCGACAUCUCCAACGACGGAACCAAGCUCUGGACGGGAGGUCUGGACAACACGGUCCGCUGCUGGGACCUGCGGGAGGGCCGGCAGCUGCAGCAGCACGACUUCACCUCACAGGUACAGAAGAAACCGGUUCACCGGCCAGCAGGUCUGAGGAGAUUUCACUCACGGAGUUUGAUAGAAGGUUGAGGUUUGGUUUUGGAG